UGAAGAAAACAGUGCCACAAAGAGUCGAGAGCGGAAGCUGCGGUGUGUUUUUCUGUAGAUCAGAUGCUGUCUGUGAGUGUUCUUUUCAUAGUAAACGGAUUCUUUAGAUAUGACAGAAAUGUUUUCAACUCUAUUCGGCCAAAGUGAAGCUCAGGGAUCUCAAGGCUCCGCAGCUUUGGGAUUUGGACCGGGGAAGCCUCCGCCGCCUCUGCCGCAAAGCCAAGUGUCUAUGCCGGGUCAAAUGCCACCACAGAUCGGGGAUGAGGGGCCUCUUCUACGAAAGCCCGGAGCCUCGAAUGAGCCCUUUUAUUUACUGCGGGAUCUACCAGUUGGAAACGAAUUGACUGGAAACUCUAAUCUCAUAACGCACUACAACCUGGAGCACGCGUACAACAAAUUCUGUGGGAAAAAGGUGAAAGAGAAACUGAGCAACUUUCUACCAGAAUUACCAGGUAUGAUUGACUGUCCGGGUACACAAGAUGGCAGCUCUUUGAGGUCUUUGAUAGAUAAACCUCCAGUGUGUGGAAACUCUUUCAGCCCAUUGACUGGUGCUCUUCUCACGGGCUUCAGACUCCACACAGGACCGCUUCCAGAACAAUACCGCCUAAUGCAUAUACAGCCACCAAAGAAGAAGAGCAAACACAAGCACAAACACCAUAGAGUACAGGACCCACUACCACAAGAAACUCCAUCUGACUCUGAUCCCAAAAAGAAGAAAAAGAAAAGGGAUGAUGAUCCUGACCGCAAGAAAAAGAAGAAAGAUAAGAAAAAGAAGAAGAAUCGUCACAGCCCUGACCACCCCGGCCUCACAGGCUCACAGCCAAACAGCAGCAGUCUCAGAUAAAACAACUACUGUGUACAUAUGUAUAGUGUGACUCUGCAUUUUUAUAAGAGAAAGUGUAUGUGUUUUACAAAUAAAUGUAUUAUAAAUACAAAGGAUGCAUUGUAACAAAGCAAAGUCUGCAUGGAUGAAGUGUGAGUAUGAAUGGAGAGGAUCCCAAGUAUCUGCUAUGAUGCAAGUGUGCAAGUCCCUUGUAUAUGUCCCCUAGAAUUUUGUUAGAAUUUUGACUGAAAUAGAAAAAUAAACUUAAUUAUUGUUA